UGGACAGGUUCCAUUCACGAUCUCUCUCGGCCUCUCUGCUGAGCACGUCCUUCUUUGCUAUUUAACGGUCGCAGGCGUCCACCGGUUAUUUUCUCUGUCCUCCCUCCGGCUUUCAAAGGUCCACCCACGCCAGUCCGCGCAGAAACAAGUCCAGAGGUCUUCCGGCCCAAAUUCGCAUCCACGACACUCGACACCCAUUCGUCAACGAUUCAACAUGCGGUUCACCCCUGCUCUUCUCUACGCCCUCUCGGCCUCGAGCGCCGCCCUGGCCGCUCCGACCUCGAAACGCGCAGUCUCCGCGCUUGCGGCGGACACACUCGCGUCGUUCGCGCCCUUCACGCAAUUCGCCCGCGCGGCGUACUGCCCGCUGAGCAAGGUCACCAACUGGGAGUGUGGCGAGGCCUGCGACGCGCUGCCCGGGUUCCAGCCGACCUUGACGGGUGGCGACGGCAAUGCGAUACAGCAGUUCUUCGUCGGAUAUUGGCCUGAAGAUAACUCUGUAAUCGUUGCCCACGAAGGCACUGACCCGAUUAAAUUGGAGUCCGACCUGACCGACAUUAACUUCUUCCUCGACGACUUGGACCCCACGCUCUUCCCCGGGCUUGACAGCGACGUCCAAGCGCACAACGGGUUCGCGGACGAGCACGCGAAAACAGCAUCUACCAUCCUCCCAGAGGUGCAGAAGCUGAUCGCAGAAAAGGGCGCGACGCAAGUGACAGUGAUCGGCCACUCCCUCGGCGGCGCGCUCGCCGAGCUGGACACGCUCUUCUUCACGCUGCAGCUGCCUUCUAGCAUUCACGUCAAAGGCGUGACGUACGGCACGCCCCGCGUCGGCAACAAGGCGUUCGCGAGCCUGAUCGACAGCAAGGUGCCCGACUUCGUGCGGAUCAACAACGAGAAGGACCUGGUCCCGAUCGUGCCCGGGCGGUUCCUCGGCUUCGUGCACCCCCAUGGGGAGAUCCACAUCGUGUCGCCCGGGAACGCGGUGUCGUGCGCGGGCGACGACGACGGCGACGACAAGCAGUGCACGGACAAGACGGUCUCGAACAUCCUGUUCGGCAAUAUCCUGAACCACUUGGGGCCGUACGAGGGCAUUUCGAUCGGCACGCUUGCUUGCAACUGAGAGACGGAUGACGGCUGGCCGAGAUGAGACGAUCUAGUUUAUAUUGUAUUAGCUUAGGGUAAUGGUUUAUGAAUUGUGGGCUUGAACGUAC